AUGGACGCGACGAUCGGAGAUGUGAGCGUGGCGUCGUCGGUGGAGCGGGUCUUCGAGAGCCAGCCGCCGCUGCCGGGGACAUGGGGCCAGGUGACGCUGCGGUCCAUGGCCAUCUCGGUGGUCCUCGGCACCGUGUUCGGCUUCGUCGGGCUGCGCAUCAUGAUGAAGGCCGGCAUCAUACAGGCGCUCAACCUGCCCAUCAACGUCCUCAGCUUCUUCUUCCUCAAGUGGCUCAUCAACCUCCAGCGAGCCGCCGGCUUCACCACGCUGCCCUUCUCGCGCCAGGAGAACGUCCUGAUCCUCACCACCGUCACCACCUGCCUUAACACAGCAAUAUGUGGUGGCUUUGCAAAUUAUGUAGUUGGAAUGACUUCUGGUGUAGCCAAAUCACUGGGAGAAAAUCCAGAUCCAAGAGAUAUUGUUGACAAUAUACCGACUGGACGAUGGAUGUUGUUCCUUUUCCUGAUUGGUAUGGUGGGAGUAACAGCUAGCGUGCCACUGAACCAGGUCAUGAUCGUUGACUACAUGUUACUAUUCCCAUCAGGAACUGUUCAAGCUCACCUUGUUAAUAGCUUCCACACCCCUCAAGGAGCUCAUGUAGCAAAGUUGCAGGUUGCAACUAUAUUCAAAUUUUUCCUGGGUAGCUUUUCUUGGACUAUAUUUUCAUGGCUCUAUACAGCAGGCAACGACUGUGGAUUUUCUAACUUCCCAUUGUUUGGACUAGAACUAUACAAGCACAGAUUCAAAUUUGACUUUUCCCCCACAUUUGUUGGUGUUGGAAUGAUUUGUCCACAUGUGGUAAAUUUUGCAUUACUCUUUGGAGGAAUCAUAUCUUGGGGAUUGCUAUACCCUUUUCUUGAAUCAAAACAUGGGCAAUGGUAUCACACUGAUAGUGCUUCAAGUCUUACGGGAAUGAAUGGAUACAAGGUCUUCAUUUGCAUAACAAUUAUCAUCACAGAUGGAAUGUUCAACUUCCUUACGGUCAUUAUUGCAUCUUGUAUUGACAUUAAGCACAAGCGGCAAGAUAUUGAUUCAGGGUUGAGUAAUUACAUGAAAAAAUACCCUAGCCUUAACUAUGAUGAUCGUAAGAGGAUUGAGGUAUUUCUUCAAAAUAAAAUCCCUUUAACCAUAUCAGUGGGAGGAUACAUUGCAAGUGCUACAAUCUCAGUAGUCGUUAUCCCAUGGUUGUUCGAUCAGAUUAAAUUCUAUCAUGUUGCCACAUUAUAUAUUAUCACGCCGGUCAUUGCGUUUGCAAACACUUAUGCAAAUGGACUUACAGAUUGGUCAGUUGGAUAUACUUAUGGCAAGUUUACAAUAUUUGUUGUUGCGGCAUGGAUUGUGAAACCGGGUGCAAUUGUUGCUGGCCUUGUAGCUUGUGGGAUAAUGAUAGCAGCUCUGCACAUUUCUUCACAAGCUACACAAGACAUCAAGACAGCUUUCAUGACACUAACCUCGGAAAGAGCUAUGGUAAUUGGGCAAAUUGUUGGUGUAGUUAUUGGCUCUAUUGUUAGCCCAUGUAUAUUUCUUGCCUUUCAAAAAAGUGAAAAGCCUGGGGUUACUAUUGGAUCUGCUCAAUCACAUUACCCAUGUCCUUUUGCUGGACUCUUUCGUUCCAUCGGUGUGAUUGGCAUUGGAGGAGUGAAGGAGCUCCCUAAGUAUUGUCUUACAAUGUGCUUUGCUGCAUUUUGCAUAAAAAUUGUCACAGAUGUACUUUCAUUGGUAUCUCAGGAAAAAGGUUGGAGAAUGCACAAGUAUCUUCCUAAUAUGACAGUGGUAGCACUACCAUUCUUUGCAGGGCCCGAUUUCCCCAUAGAUAUGUGCCUAGGUACUGCGGUAAUGUAUCUAUGGACUAAAAUGAAUAAAAGAAGUUCAACUUUGUUGUCAUCGGCAGUUGCAGCAGGCCUUAUAUGUGGAGAGGGACUAUUUGCAUUGCCAUCAGUAGUACUCACUACGUUCAGUAUACAACCACCAAUGUGCAUGAAGUUUUUUCAUAGUGGAAAAGAAGUUGAUGUCGUUGAAUCAUUCUUAAAUAAGUUGGGAACACCCACAAAGACAUGA